ACAACAUCCGGAAGUGUAAUGUUCAACACCUUAAAGCAAACGGCGGCGAGCUCUCUGACACACGAGCUCUGUAGUGGUUAGUUAGAAAUCUGAUCAUUCGUUGUACUUCUCCCAUCAGUCACUAUGUCUGUUUUGUGUUAUAACAAGGGAUGUGGACAGCGAUUUGAUCCAGAAAAUAACCAAGCCGGCUUACCCUUGAGGGAAGCCAAACUGUGUUUUGAGCCCAGAGUGUUCACUGCCAGCAGCUACACAUCGAUACGUGAAAAUGGCUGCACCUAUCAUCCAGGAGUCCCAGUAUUCCACGAUGCCUUGAAGGGAUGGUCCUGCUGCAAGAGAAGAACUACUGACUUCUCAGACUUCCUCAGCAUUGUUGGCUGUACAAAAGGUCCCCACAACAAAGAGAAGCCCCCUGAGCCGGUGAAACCAGAUGUGACAUCUUCAGGAGAAAAGAAGGAGUUAGAGGACCAAAAGCCAAAGUUUAAUGAGUACAUCAUCUCUGCACCGAAACCUCAGGAGGCGAUAUGCAGACCAAGUCCUGAUGAGCCAGCGGUGAGAUUGCAGCAUAAAGUCUCUGCAUCUCUGAAGCAGGCUCUGGAGAAACUUAAACUAACUGAAAAUGCUGAAGAGACAAAAGAGGAAGAAAGUGACGAGAUCAAAAUUGGAACGUCCUGUAAAAACGGAGGCUGUACUAAAAGUUUUGAAGGACCUGCAAGUGAUUCGGAUGUGUGUCUAUACCAUGCUGGAUUUCCCAUCUUUCAUGAAGGGAUGAAAUACUGGAGCUGCUGUAAAAGGAAAACCUCAGACUUUAAUACCUUCCUCUCUCAAGAGGGCUGUACAAAGGGAACACAUCUAUGGAGGAAAAAAGAUGCGGGUAAGAAGGUGGUCCCGUGUCGGUUUGACUGGCACCAGACUGGGACACAGGUCAUCAUUUCUAUCUAUGCCAAGAACGCGGUCCCAGAGCUAAGCUAUGUGGAUGCCAACAGCACUACGCUCGACAUACACAUUAUAUUUGAUGGAGAGAAGGAAUUUGAGCAGAAAAUCAGCCUUUGGGGAGUGAUAGACGUGAGUAAAAGUUUGGUGAACAUGAUGGCGGCCAAGAUCGAGGUAGCCAUGAAGAAGUCCGAGGCGAUGUCCUGGGCCCGUUUGGACCUUCCUCCUCCUCCUGCUCCACCCAAGGAGAGCGAGAAGAAAAAAUCUGACAGUGAGGAUGAGGAUGAAGAUGAAGAUGACUGAUAAGAUUGAAAAUAAAGACACGGUGUGUAUGUUUAACUGAACCCAA